CGUCCGUCCUAGCGCGCGCCACGUGGCGAGGCAUUGAAUGCUGCCCUAGACCUCGCGCGAUCGCUUUUACAUCUAAAAGAGGGAAUUCGUUGCACCGCUUCCAGUUCCAUUCCCACCUACAAACCCAUUCAGUUACAUCCUUCAUUCUCUCUUUCUUUGUUUUAUCAAUUCCCCAACUCACGGGUUCUCGCGCCGCGAGGGUUUUGCAGGGUUCAGAAAUGGCGGAAUCUUCUGAGGCCAACCAGCCCACGGAGACGGUUGAGGAUAACAGGAAAAUGGUUAAACAUCUUGAUUUCGUCCAAGUCGCAGCGAUUUACAUCGUGGUUUGCAUCUCAAGCCUGUACGAGUACGCCAGGGAGAACUCCGGCCCGCUCAAACCAGGCGUCCAGACCGUCGAGGCCACCGUCAAAACCGUCAUCAGCCCGGUCUACGAGAAAUUCCACGACGUCCCUUUCGAGCUGCUCAAGUUCGUUGAUCGGAAGGUGGACGAGUCGAUUAACGAAUUGGACCGCCACACGCCGUCGCUGCUGAAGCAGGCUUUGAACCAAGCGGUGUCGGCGGCCCGAGCCGUGGCGUCGGAGGUCCAGCGGGUCGGCUUGGUGGAAGCAGCAUCGAACCUAACCAAGAAAGUGUACACAGAGUACGAGCCCACGGCUAAAGAACUCUACACCAAGUUCGAGCCGGUGGCUGAGCAGAAAGCGGUGUCGGCGUGGCGGUCCCUGAACAAGAUUCCCCUGUUCCCUCAGCUAGCCGGAAUUAUGGUCCCGACCGCCGUCUACUGGACGGAGAAAUACAACCAAUCGGUGGUCUACACGGCGGACAGGGGGUACCCGGUGGCGGGAUAUCUGCCAUUGGUGCCGAUAGAGAGGAUCGCUAAGAUCUUUGAGGAGGCUGAGCACGGACCAUCUGUGUCAACGAGGGGAGAAGCUGUGGCGCAGUGAUGGGAUUUGCUUGUGUUUGUGGGGUUGUGAUAGAUUGGGGAAGCCAUGGAUAUUUUGCUUUUGUAUGUGUUUUGGAAGUUUGGUAGAUCGAUAAACAAAGCGAUGUAAACUUUCAAAUUAAGUAAAUGGGUGCGAAUGUUAUAUUUCUUGCU